AUGAAUUUCAAUUGGUUGGUAAAUCAUGUUGAGAGAAGCAUUCAUUUUUGUGAUACAGUGGAACUUCGAUGGCUGAAGACAUCUCAACAUUUUAGGAAGAAACCAACCAGACCGUUAUCAGGGAAAAUCAAGAAGGGAAAAAUCAUUCAAUUUCAGUCAGAGUCUAAAGAUUUUUACUCACGCCUUGAGCCUAUAAAAUAA